AUUGCUGCUUCGGCGACCGGGCGGCGGCGGCUGUGGCAGAGCCUGUGCCUGUGGCGGUGACGGCGGCGGGAGCAAGCGCUGCCCUCGCAGAGCAGCCUUGGGGUCGCCGGCCGCUCGCAGCGUUGUGGAGGGGCGGGCCGGACGCUGAGCGGAGCAGCUGCGCCACGGGUGGCAUUGUGUGUCCCAUAGUGCCGGAGCGAGUCCCAGAAGAGAGGCGAGGCUAAGCCCAGAGCGCUGGGUUGCUUCAGCAGGGAAGACUCCCUUCCCCCUGCUUCAGGCUGCUGAGCACUGAGCAGCGCUCAGAAUGGAAGCCAUCGCCAAAUAUGACUUCAAAGCUACUGCAGACGACGAGCUGAGCUUCAAAAGGGGGGACAUCCUCAAGGUUUUGAACGAAGAAUGUGAUCAGAACUGGUACAAGGCAGAGCUUAAUGGAAAAGACGGCUUCAUUCCCAAGAACUACAUAGAAAUGAAACCACAUCCGUGGUUUUUUGGCAAAAUCCCCAGAGCCAAGGCAGAAGAAAUGCUUAGCAAACAGCGGCACGAUGGGGCCUUUCUUAUCCGAGAGAGUGAGAGCGCUCCUGGGGACUUCUCCCUCUCUGUCAAGUUUGGAAACGAUGUGCAGCACUUCAAGGUGCUCCGAGAUGGAGCCGGGAAGUACUUCCUCUGGGUGGUGAAGUUCAAUUCUUUGAAUGAGCUGGUGGAUUAUCACAGAUCUACAUCUGUCUCCAGAAACCAGCAGAUAUUCCUGCGGGACAUAGAACAGGUGCCACAGCAGCCGACAUACGUCCAGGCCCUCUUUGACUUUGAUCCCCAGGAGGAUGGAGAGCUGGGCUUCCGCCGGGGAGAUUUUAUCCAUGUCAUGGAUAACUCAGACCCCAACUGGUGGAAAGGAGCUUGCCACGGGCAGACCGGCAUGUUUCCCCGCAAUUAUGUCACCCCCGUGAACCGGAACGUCUAAGAGUCAAGAAGCAAUUAUUUAAAGAAAGUGAAAAAUGUAAAACACAUACAAAAGAAUUAAACCCACAAGCUGCCUCUGACAGCAGCCUGUGAGGGAGUGCAGAACACCUGGCCGGGUCACCCUGUGACCCUCUCACUUUGGUUGGAACUUUAGGGGGUGGGAGGGGGCGUUGGAUUUAAAAAUGCCAAAACUUACCUAUAAAUUAAGAAGAGUUUUUAUUACAAAUUUUCACUGCUGCUCCUCUUUCCCCUCCUUUGUCUUUUUUUUCAUCCUUUUUUCUCUUCUGUCCAUCAGUGCAUGACGUUUAAGGCCACGUAUAGUCCUAGCUGACGCCAAUAAUAAAAAACAAGAAACCAAGUGGGCUGGUAUUCUCUCUAUGCAAAAUGUCUGUUUUAGUUGGAAUGACUGAAAGAAGAACAGCUGUUCCUGUGUUCUUCGUAUAUACACACAAAAAGGAGCGGGCAGGGCCGCUCGACGCCUUUGCUGUUUAGCUUCCUCCAGAGGAGGGGACUUGCAGGAAUCUGCCUUCCAGCCCAGACCCCCAGUGUAUUUUGUCCAAGUUCGCAGUAGAGUGGGGUAGAAGGAAAGCAUGUCUCUGCUUCCAUGGCUUCCUGAGAAAGCCCACCUGGGCCGGGCGCGGUGGCUCACGCCUGUAAUCCCAGCACUUUGGGAGGCCAAGGUGGGCGGAUCACAAGGUCAGGAGUUCGAGACCAACCUAGCCAACAUGGUGAAACCCCGUCUCUACUAAAAAUAAAAAAUUAGCCGCGUGUGGUGGCACACGCCUGUAGUCCCAGCUACUCGGGAGCCUGAGGCAGGAGAAUCGCUUGAACCUGGGAAGUGGAGGUUGAGUGAGCUGGGACCGUGCCAUUGUACUCCAGCCUGGGUGACAGAGCGAGAUUCCGUCUCAGAAAAAAAAAAAAAAAAA